AUGGUGCAUAAAAAGAAAAAUAAAGCCGCAAGGCUGAAGAGGGCAACUACUUUCUUCAUCGAGGAAAAGAAAUUUGUGCUCAAGGAACGUAUCAACCAUAUUCUACAGCAAGUUCAGCGAACUUUAGGCCGAAUAGAGGAGGAUUAUUUGAUAACCAAUCCGUACGAAUUGGCAAUACUUGUAUUCGAAUUGGAAGAGGCCAGAGAUCAAAUUGAGGACUUGGAAGAUGACAUGCGUUAUAAUUCGUUAGUGAGUGUAAUAUACUUUAAAACACUUAUAGAUUAGAAGUACUUUGGAAAUUAAAAAAUAUGUAAAUUUAGGAAGACUCAUUGGAUGUGAAGUUGAUAUUGGAGAAUAUUGACAGUAAAGUUGAAAGUUGCAAAGAAAGGUUGUUUUCCUUUGUUAAACUACUUCUUGAUUGGGAAAAAGAUUGUUUGGAGCUUCACAGAAUCAAAUUCCAAACUGAUGCGGACAAAAGGUACAAAUUUCGGACUGCUGAUGACUUGCCAAAGUUGGUGGAGGUAUUGGAAUACUCGAAGGUAAGUUUUGUCAAAAGUUUUAAUAACUUGGCUAAUAUAUGGUAUGAUAUCAGUACCAAAUCAAUGUGCUUUAUAAUAUGUUACUAUUAAACUAUUUUUUUAGAAAAACUUGGCUGAUUUGAGCGAAACUUGCAAAGCAUGGACAAAGUUCCGCCCUCGUUGCCUGGUUCGUCGAAUCGCUCUUCAGCACGUUAAGGUACAAGAAGAGGAAUUGUUUGGCAUUGUUCAGUCUAUGGAAUUCAAUAUGGGCAAACUCAAGUUGGCCUACAAUCUCUCGGAAGCCCCAAAAAAGCGAUCAUCACCUGAUGAAACACGUGAAUUGACGUCAGAACGUUUGUCUCAAUAUGAAACUGGUCCUGUUUAUCAGGUUACAAGUGAAAUUCUACAACGUUACGUUAACCAGCUGAAAGAAGUUACCGACAUAAACCGUCAUAAUAAGGUUGGCGAAUGA